AUGGUAGCUAUGGAGUACGAGCCCGAUGCGGCAGGACAAGAGAGCUAUAUAUUGUGUGCGGACUGUGGGACGGUCAUUAGUAGUGCUAAUGGAGCUGGUCUUUGUGUCGGUUGUCUAAGAAACACCGUCGACAUAACAGAAGGUAUACCCAAAGAAGCGACCUUGAACUUCUGUAGAGGAUGUGAAAGGUUCCUUUCACCGCCUCAAACAUGGGUAUCUGCUCAGCCUGAAUCACGAGAAUUACUCGCUAUCUGUCUAAAGAAAAUUGCACGUCCAUUGAUGAAAGUCCGCCUGAUCGACGCAUCAUUCAUCUGGACCGAACCUCACUCCCGUCGAAUCAAAAUUAAAGUAACGAUCCAGAAAGAAGUACUUGCCAAUACGGUCUUGCAGCAGACAUUCGAGUUACUGUUGGUUGUUCAUACAGGGCAAUGUCCCCAAUGUACCAGAUUGGCUGCGAAGAACACCUGGAAAGCUAGUGUACAAGUCAGACAGAAGGUCACGCAUAAGAGGACGUUCUUGUGGUUGGAACAGUUGAUUUUGAAACAUAAUGCCCACAAAGAUACGAUCAAUAUCAAUGAAAAGAGAGAUGGUCUCGAUUUCUUCUAUUCAGAGAGGAACAACGCUAUAAAGAUGGUGGAAUUCUUGGCAGGUGUGGUACCCGUUAGAACCAAAGCAUCCGAACAGCUUAUUUCAUCUGAUACUCACUCCAACACUUCCAACUAUAAAUUCACCUAUUCCGUGGAAAUCGUUCCGGUCUGUAAGGACGACUUAGUCUGCUUGCCCAAGAACCAAGCCAAAGCAUGGGGUAACAUUUCACCCUUAACAAUCUGUUCCCGAGUCGGUAACACCAUCCAUCUCUUAGAUCCAAUGACACUACAACAAACCGACGUUACAGCUCCUGUAUACUGGAGACAGCCAUUCGACUCCCUCGCAACCGUCACAGACCUCGUCGAAUUCAUCGUCCUCGACGUAGAACCUUCCGGACCCGUUCGGGGAAAGUACGUCUUGGCUGACGCUCAAGUUACCCGAUCAUCAUCUUCUUCAGGAAAUAACAUGGACGAGGAUGGUAUGGGUGACGAUGGGAUAUAUCAUACACGUACUCACCUAGGUGGUAUCUUACAACCUGGAGAUACAGUCUUAGGAUAUCACUUGACCAAUGCGAAUUUCAAUAAUGACGCUUUCGAAUCAUUCGAUCAAGAUCGAUUACCCGAUGUUAUACUAGUUAAGAAAACUUAUCCAAACAGGAGGAAGAAGAGUAAACCCAGGAAUUGGAAAUUACGUUCGAUCGCUAAAGAGGCUGAAGACGUUAAUGAGAAUUCUAAUACGGUUGGUAGAGGUGCUUUAGGAAGGAAGGGUGGUGUAGAUCAAAGGAAUGUAGAAAGGGAUUAUGAACUUUUCUUGAGAGAUUUGGAGGAAGAUAAAGAGAUGAGGGCUGCUAUCAAUCUUUAUAAGGCCGAUCAACAACAGCAAGGAGAUCACGAUGAUGAAGAUGGUGAUGUUGGUAUGGGAGAGACGAAGAAAUCUGGAUCAGGUAUGAAAGGAGGUAAGAGAAGGACUGGUAACGGUAAUGCCAAUAGUGGAUCAGGGAUGCAAGUGGAUGAGGAUAUGGGUGGAGACGAUGGUGAAGGUACAGAUGCGGAUGAUGAAGAGGAAGAAGAUUUCCCAGAGAUUGAUAUUAACGAGUUACUAGAGCAUUUCGAGGAGAUGGACAUGGAUGACGGGGAAGAGGUGCAAUAG